CGGGGCGGAGCCGCCGCACGGGGCCUCCGCGAGGUGCGCAGAGCCGCGGAGCAGCCGCGCCAUGCGCGACUACGACGCGGCCACCGCUUUCCUGGGCGAGUGGGGCCGCUUCCAGCGCCUCGUCUUCUUCCUCCUCAGCGCCAGCAUCGUCCCCAACGGCUUCAACGGGAUGUCGGCCGUCUUCCUGGCCGGCACCCCCGAGCACCGGUGCGCCGUGCCCCGCGGGGCCAACCUGAGCGGCGAGUGGCUCAACGCCAGCGCCCCGCUGGAGCUGCGGGGCGGGCGGGCGGUGCCGAGCCGCUGCCGCCGCUACCGCCUGGCCGCGCUCGCCAACUUCUCGGCGCUGGGGCUGCGGCCCGGCUCCGACGUGGAGCUGGGCUCGCUGGAGCUGGAGCCGUGCCUGGACGGCUGGGAGUACAGCCGCGAUGUCUACCGCUCCACCAUCGUCACCGAGUGGAACCUGGUGUGUGAUGACGACUGGAAAGCCCCGCUGACCACCUCCCUUUUCUUCGUGGGGGUCCUCAUCGGCUCCUUCAUCUCGGGGCAGCUCUCAGACAGGUUUGGCAGGAAGAAUAUCCUUUUUUCGACGAUGGCUGUGCAGACUGGCUUCAGCUUCCUGCAGAUCUUCUCUACCAGCUGGGAGAUGUUCACAGUGCUCUUUCUCAUAGUGGGGAUGGGACAGAUCUCUAACUAUGUGGUGGCCUUCAUACUGGGAACAGAAAUUCUUGGCAAAUCAGUUCGUAUUAUAUUCUCUACAUUAGGAGUUUGCAUAUUUUUUGCAAUUGGCUACAUGUUGCUGCCACUGUUUGCUUACUUCAUCAGAGACUGGCGGAUGCUGCUGCUGGCGCUCACUGUCCCGGGGCUGUUCUGCAUCCCGCUCUGGUGGAUAAUUCCUGAAUCCCCUCGGUGGCUGAUCUCCCAGGGAAGAUAUAAGGAGGCAGAAGUUAUUAUCCAAAAGGCUGCAAAAAUAAACGGCGUUCCAGCCCCAGCCAUGCUUUUUGACACUGCAGAGAUGCAGGAUUCGAAGCCUCAGCAGCAGCAGAAGGCUAUCCUUCUGGACCUAUUUCGAACCCGAAACAUUGCAACUAUUACUAUUAUGUCAUUACUUUUGUGGUUUUUCACAUCGGUUGGUUACUUUGGCCUGUCCCUCAGCACUCCAAACUGGCAUGGAAAUGCCUAUAUCAACUGUUUCCUCUCGGCUGUUAUUGAAGUUCCAGCUUAUGUGAUUGCCUGGCUUCUCCUCCGCUCCCUCCCUCGGCGCUACUCCUUAUCUGGCACCUUGUUCUUGGGAGGAGGUGUUGUCCUCUUCAUUCAGCUGGUUCCUGCAGACCUUAACAUCCUGUCUGUUGGCCUGGUGAUGCUUGGAAAAUUUGGCAUCACAGCUGCAUUUUCAAUGCUUUAUGUCUACAACGUGGAGCUAUACCCAACGUUAGUGCGAAAUAUGGCAGUUGGAGCUACUUCCACAGCUUCCAGGCUGGGCAGCAUCAUUGCUCCUUACUUUGUUUACCUGGGUGCCUAUGACAGAUUCCUACCAUAUAUCCUGAUGGGAAGCCUGACUGUGCUGAUCGGGAUCCUUACCCUGUUUCUCCCAGAGAGCUAUGGCAAUCCCCUGCCUGAGAGCUUUGAGCAAAUGCUGAAGGUGAAAUGUUUCAGAAAUGGGCAACAAACCACUGGCAUUAGGAAUUCAACAAAGAGUCCUAAAAUUCUGGUAACACCCUUGUGAAGGACGCACGCUCUCAGAAGGGCUGAAAGAAGAACAGGAUCUUCUCAAAAUGCAUUUUCUGCCAGAGGAAAACGAACAAAACCCAACAGUCAAUGCUACUGCACCAUAGCUGUUACCCCUGUGCUACUGUACCCAAAUCCAUAGUUUACUGAACAGAUGCUGUCUACUCCUGUAGGACUCUUUAGUCUGUAAUUCAGUGUCCUGAUACCUGGGGUCUGUCAGCAGACACUCCCCUGAGAAGUGGGGGGGCCCUGCCUGUAUUUCAAGGAGUAAGCUAGAAAUGAGCCUUAGGAAUAAUACAGCAAUGAGGCCAGUCAGUCAGGUACUCAAUGAAAGCUGCUUGAAAAAAAAAAAAAAAAAAAGCAAAUGUAAUGUUGGUGUUUUUUCUCACUGUGCACGUUGACUGGAUGAAGGAGAGCCAGGUGUCUGUCUCUGAAAAUCUCAGCAAAUACCCCAAAAGUUUCCUUUCCUGGCCUCCUUUGAAAUCUGUGACCAAAGCCCAGUAGAUUAAGUGGGAUCAGAAUUUAGUUGUAGCAAAGCAGAUAUAGACUUUGCUGUAAGGAUGUGUUUUUUAAACAAGACAUCAGAAUAUCUUUUGAUGUCGCUUGCUUUUCCCAGGACCUGGGAUCCACUUGCCCCUGUAGAAACUGAUGCUUGUUCAUAAAGCCUGAGCCUGCUGAAAUCCUUGGGCUUCCUGAAUGUUCAGUGUCUUUGGGGAUGGGGGGGAAGUCUUUUAACCGAGUAAGGACUGUAGCUUGCUGGCCUUCUGAUGGGCUUUCAAAAGAAACAUGAGCUUUAGCAAGGCAAUGAUCCUGUCCAAACAUGCCGUGCAGUUUUAGCUUUCAGGUUUUUCCAUCGUAUAUUUGCAUAAGAAGAUUUUUAGAUCUUUUGGGUUGUUUUUUUUUUUUCCAAAGCAUUUCCUUUCUCCUUUGAAUGUAUACCCCAUUGUUCUGUACCUUCAGAGAAAGCUCAUUGCAGUUUCAAAAACCUCAGCAAAACCAUUGUACCAUUUACAAAUUUAAAUGCUUGCAAAAAUCUGAUGUUCUGUACUGGAGAUGUUCACCUGCAGCUGUUAAAACCACAAAAGGGCUAAUUUGGGACCACUGUGUUUUCAAAACAAAACAAAACACUAACAAAGCCAGUAUUUUGUCUUUCAAACCCAACAGGUUAUGUAUGCAUUUUAUUUUUUUAAAGUUCAGCAAAGCUAUAUUGGAUGAAAACAAAUGUAGAGCUUAGAGUUGUGCUACUACUGUUUUAUGAACACUACAUAAUUUGAGAAGAGUAUAAUACCUUUUAUUUUUCUAUUUAUUAGCUGUGCAUGCACUUCUUGGCCACAUAAAAGUCUGUCAGACCUGGCAGAAUUUUAUUUUUUUUUUCAUUCUCUGUAAAGAACAAUUAGCCGUGAUUCACCUUCUAUAAGAGUCAACAAGAGCACACUGUCUCGUCUCUAAAGAGAGACUUUGUGGCAAGUUGUCUUGUGCUGGCACUUGGCACAGAAAUGAGGCUCUCUCUCUUAAGUUCAAGCACAAAUAUAAAGCUUUAUAACAUUUAAGUGCAAGGAACUUGUGCAGUUAUUUCAAGCUGUUCUUUGGGAUGUGGAAAUACUCUUUACUUUCAUAUUAAUUUUCUGCAAGUAUGCUUUUGCCACAAAUGUAAUGUGCCAUGAGGCAACCAUUAUCCUGUGACCCCUGAUGUUCUCAUCCCUUCUAAAGCUAGAAUUUCUCUAACAGCAGCAGUAUUUAAUCUUGGUUUUGCUUAUUACAAUGUUAAUCUAUAGAAUAGCUGAUUAGACAUAACUAAAUUUCUCAACAAAGCUUUUUUAUCAGCAUAGGACAGGUUUGAGGACUUAGUUAAAUACAGGUGGCCAUAUUUUUAUGAAGAUUUAUGUAUUGAUACUUAUUUUAUGUGAUGGUAGGCUUGUGUAUUUCUAAAAGGUAAAUAUUUUUGUACUCUUGAACUUUGUAGUAUCUUAAAACCUAGGUUUCCUUUUUAAAAUAGGAAAAAGUGUUGUGUGGGGUUUUUUUUAAAUACCUUGUUAUAAUCAGUCUCAUUUUUCUUACUUAUGCCAUUGAUCUCAAGCUAGUGUCACGUUUUAGUAUUUUUAAUGGCAAAUUUUUAAAAAAGCAUCAUCUUUCGUAAGCGUGGAAUGCCUUUCUGAAAAGUAUGUGAUGUUGUUAUAAGGCCUUACGGUAUCUGAGCAUAGUAAAAAUGAGAGAAGAUUGCUUCAACUGAUGAAGCAUUUGCAAGGAGAAUUUUUGUCCUUGUGCCAAUAUCUUUCCCAAGCUUGCAUGGGGAUUUUUGAAGAAACCCAAAGAGCAGUAGUCUGUGGGAGAAUCAAAUGGGGAUGAAUCUGGAGUGGCAGUUUCUGGCGAGUUACUUUUUUUUUUAAUUGUAAAGCCGGAGAAAACAGCACUGUUUUAGUAGCUAUUGGCAGAAAUAAAAUACGUUGCUAGUAAGCUAUGUAAGCCUCCUCUCACUGCAAUCUUUAGGGAGCUCUGCGUGUGGCAGGUGCUUGGCAGGGCUCAGUGUGGGACCUGGGUGUUCACGUGCAGCUGGGGGCUGCCCCAGGCUCUGACCUGGGGGUGGGAGGGAAGCACCAGCUGGAUCGCUCCCACUGACCGCAGGGGCCGUGACACUGCCUCAUCUGUCACCUCUGCCACCUUUACUUGGGUCUCUCUCUGCAGCCUUUGAUUCUCUGCUGGCUUACUGGAUCAGCUAAAGCAUAUAUGAAACUAUCAUAAUUGUCACUUGUUAACUUCUGUCUUGAUUGUAAUAAAAAUGUGCACUGGCACUGUGUAACCUG